UUCAUCAUGGCACUGGCCGGAGUGAGAGUUAUUGAGCUGGCGGGCCUGGCUCCUGCACCGUUCUGUGGCAUGAUCCUGGCAGACUUUGGAGCCAAGGUGAUCCGCGUGGACCGGACCAAGGUAGCCAUGGCUAUGGAUACACAAGCGCGGGGAAAACAAUCUGUGGCCAUCAAUCUGAAGACCACUGAGGGUGUAGCCUUGCUCAGGAAGCUCUGUGUCCAGUCUGAUGUCGUGCUUGAGCCCUAUCGUAAAGGAGUGAUGGAGAAACUGGGCCUCGGCCCACAGGAGCUGUUAAAGGAAAAUCCUCGUCUGAUCUACGCUCGGUUGACAGGGUAUGGACAAGUUGGAUCUUAUGCCACUGCAGCUGGGCAUGACAUCAACUACCUCGCCAUGUCAGGCCUUUUAUCCCGGCUGGGUCGCAGUGGAGAGAAGCCCUAUGCUCCACUGAAUCUGUUAGCAGACUUUGCGGGAGGCGGUCUGACUUGUGCCCUGGGGAUAGUCCUCGCACUGCUGGAGAGGACAAAGUCAGGGAAAGGACAGAUCAUCGAUGCUAGCAUGGUGGAAGGAGCUGCAUAUGUGGGUUCAUUUGUAUGGAAAUCUCGUAGUAUUGGUAUGUGGGACCGCUCUAGAGGAGAGAACAUGUUGGACAGCGGAGCGCCCUUCUACGAUACCUACCAGACUUCAGAUGGAAAGUACAUGGCUGUGGGUGCCAUAGAACCACAGUUCUACAGACAGCUACUUAAGGGCUUACAGUUGGAUGCUGGGGAGUUGCCUCCUCAGAUGAGCUUCAGUGAUUGGCCAGAGCUGAGACGGAUGUUCACAGAGCGUUUUGCUUCAAAGACCCAGGCAGAUUGGUCGAGGAUUUUUGAUGGGACUGAUGCCUGCGUUACACCUGUGUUGUCUUUCGACCAGGUGAGCUCCCACCCACAUAACCAGGAAAGAGCUUCUUUCAUGAAGGACUCCAACGGGGAGGAAAGCCCCCGGCCUGCCCCGGUUCUCUCUCGGACUCCUGCUGAGCCGUGCCUCACCUCUGACCCAGUUAUUGGAGAACACACGGUCAAGGUCCUCAAGGAGUACGGCUUUACAUCGUCAGAGAUAAACCAGAUGCUAGCAGCAGGGGUCGUAGAGUGUAACGCUGCCAAGGCAAAACUGUAGAGGAGAACAAUUCAACAGUUUUAAAAUCCACGGCUGCACCAUCGUUUAGUUAAGGAUGGAUCAAACUGAACUUUGAGUGAUUUAAGCCCUGCCAUCUAAAUCAUGUCUAAUACAACUGUUCAAGAAUCAAAUGAAAAGGGAAAAGGAAAAGGAACAAUGUAUUUUCUUUUCAUGACCAAGACAUUCGAGCUGAGUAUUUAUGUAGUUUGAAAGCUUGAGAAAUCUCUCCAUCUCACCCAUUUGCAUUAAUCCUCUCAGGCUACUGCAACGCAUGUUUUCCAGUAUAAGCAGAGUUUACAUAUCCCACACACCUCUAGUGUAGGUGUGCGUGGAUUGGACAAGGUGAAAGGCCAUCCUGUGGGCUCUCAUGGUACAUGGUUACAGCUUGGGUUAGUCAGUUAGUCAUACGUGUAAAUAGCUCAGUAUCAAAAUAGUAAAAAAUCGGAAUAAAUAAAAAUAAAAUUAAGUCAGAAUUACCAAAAUAAUAAUAAAUAAAUAGACCAGGAAGUCUUAGUUUGAGAUUCUCAUACCUAAAGUCCACUGAUUGCACAUACAACUGUUAUCUAUGGCAGCUGGGGAGCUCUGAACAUGAAAGUAUCAAGUUUUGCAAAAACUAAAGUGACCUUUAAAAAAAAGUCAUAAUUUUUAAUUGCCUAAUUCAUUCACCCAAUUUAUGGAGCUUAUCUGUGUCUAGGUUGUAUUAUUUUAAUAAUUAUUUCAAUUGGAGUUUACUCCUGGGAGGUACGGUGAAGAAAUGAUAAAAAUACUACUGGUUUUCCAUCAUACUUUCAUACUUUAGCCAAUAUAAUUGUGUAUGUUGUAUUCUAUGUGCUAUUAAAAACGUCUUGGUGCAGAAACAUGUUUGAGGCUGUAUUUUAACAUUCAAACUUUUUAUUUCCUUUAUCUUUCUCUACGAUAACUGCUAUCCUUAUGACCUCUGUUUUUUCUUCAUUUUUUCUGUUAAUUCUGUGACAAUAGAAUAAUGAUUUUAUCCGUAGCACAGCAGGUUGGCUUUGAGUGCCUAAUUAACAGGUAGUUUUUAUGUGCUGUUCAUGAGCAAUCACAUUUCAUAGUCAUUCGUUUGUUCUGACAGAACACAACCUGGAAGAAAAUAUGUAAAUGAGAGCAACUUAAGCAUUAAUUUAGCUGCGUUAAGUUCAGGUGAUCAAAGAGAGAAGGAGACAGAACAAGGCUCUCUCUUCUAUUUCCUCCUCCACGCUAACUACAAACACACAAAAAUAAUUCUGCUGUAUGUCUCAAGAUAGAGGCAGAAUUAAAUUAAAUGCAUCAUAAAUAUAUUUAAAUCAAUUGUCAACAGAAAUUAGCAUUAACAAGAUAAGUUCACACACUGAUUUGAAAAAUAAUCAUUAUCAUAACAAACUUUAUUUCUAAAGCAUCCAACUUAACAGUUGCAAGGUGCUUCGCAUGGGAAAAUCAACAUAACAGAAUUCAGCAAAGUUAACAUUAAAUACAAUCAGGCAACUAAAAGUAAAGAGAAUGAAAAUGA